AGUUUUAAAAGGGGAAACUACUCUAAAUAAAUUUGUAUUAAAGGUGUUGCUAAUAAUUUUUUGCCAAUCAACAUGUCGUCAAGUUUGCAAAUGAAUCGGAAAGUCGCUGUAAUUACUGGAGCAAACACAGGCAUAGGAUACAGUUUGGCAGAGAAACUUGUGAAAGCUUAUCCCACAAUAAUACUCUGUUUAGCUUGUCGGAGUAAUGAGAAAGCCAAAGAAGCCGCAAAAGGUUUAUCAGAAUUGAGCUCAGAAGCUAGAAUUGAUAUUGUUAUUGUGGACACAUCAAAUGUAGAUUCAGUAUACACUGCUGCUGCAACAUUACGAGAAAGAUAUAAUCACAUAGAUUAUUUGUACCUUAAUGCUGGAGUUAUGACAGUCAGAGGUGUUGACUGGAGCCAUUUUUGGCAGGGACUGUUUUCAAAACGAAUAUUCUACAUGUUCACCACUGGAGAAGGUUUACUAAUACAAGAAGAUGGAGCAACAAAAGAUGGCCUGAUGCAUGUUUUUCAGACAAAUGUUUUUGGCCAUUACAUGCUGAUAAAAGAGCUUGAGAGUCAUCUGGGUAAUGUUUCAGAAAAGAGUUGUUCCCCAUCUCAGUUAAUAUGGACCUCAUCUAGUGCUUCGCAACGUGAUGCAUUUAGUUAUGAAGAUUUCCAGCAUAAAAAUGGUAAAGAUCCAUACGGCUCAUCUAAAUUUGCUAUUGAUGUUGUUAGUGUUGGUCUUAACAAUAGGCUCAAUAAACAGGGUGUGUAUUCCCAUGUUGUUUGUCCUGGUCUGGUCAUGACAAAUAUGACUUAUGGAAUCCUACCUCAGUGGUUUUGGACCCUUGUUUUCCCCAUUAUUUGGCUACUUAGGUUUUUUGUUCCUAGUAUGACUAACAGUGCAUCCAAUGGUGCUGAAGCUUUGUAUUGGUUAUCAUCACAAGACCCUUCCUCUUUAGACCCCCAGACCAAAUACCUCAGUGAAGUCAAUAUACUAGGACAGCCCCAUGUAUCAAAAAAAAAGAUGAACAUUGACCCAGAUAAAGCAGAGAAUUUUCUACAAGAAUUGGAUAAACUUGACCAAACUUUGAGGCACAGAUGAUCUAAAUUUACAUUUAGAAUGUUGUUUUAUUAAGACUGGGAACAAAUGAGUUUGGAUUGUUUAGAAGUGAACAUUUUUACAUACAUUAAUGGUUUUACAGCGUGUUAAUUGAUUUUUUAAACAUUGGUAAAUUGUAGUUGUCUCAAAUGAUAUUUAAGACUUUAAUAUUUGUUGGUUUUCUCAUUAUAUUUAAGUUAUCGGAAUUUUAGUUUUAUUGAUAGUGUUUUUAGAAAUCAUAGUGCCUUUGGGAACUAAUUUGUUAGUAUUAAAAUUAAAACAUUUGUAUAGAUCUUUCUGUUGGUCCUGACGUGUGUGAAUGUUUAUUCUGUUCUUAGUUUAUCUUCAGUAUUGUACUUGUACCUCAUUCUCUUUGUAUUGAUGUAGAUCCUUUUGAUACUUCAUAACCUGUU